AUGGAUCUGACAUCCCAUCACGUAAAUUACCUAAUAUGGAGGUAUCUCCAAGAAUCAGGCCAUGGAGAAGCUGCUGUCAUGCUACAACGAGCAUGGCUCGCUAAUCCACAAACGCUACCUUUUGCUCCUCAUAUAAAAGCACACGCCCUAGUGUCUCUGGUACAAAAAGGUUUACAAUAUCAUGAGAUCGAACAAUCACUCGACCAGGAAGGAAAUCCUAUUCCCUUUACACCAUCCAAAUCAUUUUUCGGGCCAACACCACUCGACACCGAAUCGCUCAAGGCGCGCGAUAAGAGCAUUAAAGCGCAAAUGGAGCUCGGCACAGAGACAGCGCCAGCCGGGCCUCUAACAAGCAAGCCAGUUCAAGACAGCAGGGCCACAACGAACGGCCAUGCCGCCAUCGAGCCUGCGCUACCAGUCCUCAACGUAAAAAAAGGGCGCAAGACGCAUCGCAUCGAUGUCGCUGCCAACGGCGACGACAGCGCGAUGGACAUUGAUACCAACGGCGCAAGCCAUGACCGUCCUCCGGCAGUGAAAUCUCCGUCGUCCACCGCGGUCGCAGAUGCAGAGGGCGACUUGGAAAUGAAACUCAGUCCAGCAGCUGACGAGAGACUAGAGACGGCGCAGGAUACGCUGACGGCGGGAAGGAGUGUCGGCGUGCAAUAUGUCCCCGCCAAGGCCGCGGACCUUAGUUCCCACACCACGAUCCUCGACAUCGAGGUGGCCCGUGACGAUCACGUGACGCGGACGGCGUGGCGACCCUAUGAUUCGUCAAUACUUGCCGCGGCCGGCGACACCUUCUGUGGCCUGUGGAAGCUGGCAGCGCCGGGAUCGCCGGCGAGCUGCGAGAAAAUCUACGACAGCAAAGGCGAUGGCAGCUGGGUCACUGCCUUGGCCUGGGAGCCCUCGGGCCGCAAAUUCGCUGCCGCCACCUACAACGACCGACGCUCGUCCAUCCAAAUGUACGAUAGCAGCGGCAGUGUGGUCGACCUGCUACCAACUGCGCCUGGCAUGAUAAACGGACUGCACUGGGCUCCCAAAGGGACGUAUAUGGUUGUGAUUUCGUCCAAUGGCGAGAAUUCAGAACUUUCACUCUGGGACGACUCCAUCAAACCUGAGGAAUUUCCAUCAUACCAAACCAUCGACGGGCUCGUUCACGACAUCACGUGGGCAGGCGACAACCACAUCUUCGUCUCUGGAGAGGGCUCGGUGUGGCAGUGUCAAAUCGACUCGACAUUACAUAUUGUGAACCGUUUCCAAUCUCAGGAGUCAAGCACGGAAUGGUCCUUUGUUCGGGGUACCAAAAUUGGCGAUGCCGCAGUUGCCGUCGCCGCUGCAUCUUCCGCUGCUAGUCUCUGGAUUCCGACACAUGGAAUCGUUGUUGAGGACGCACAUCGUGCCGAUAUCACAGCUAUUGAGCUUCGUCCUGAACCCCAAGCCCAAGACGCAGAUACUAGCACUGUAUUCACAUUUGCUUCAGCUUCACUCGACGAUACUGUCAAGGUGUGGAACGUGGAUUUAGAAUCGAAAAAGAUCAGUUGCCUUCACACCUUGUUUCUGUCUCCGGGAGUUCCUGCACUCGCGUUAGCUUUCUCUCCAGACGGAUACGCAGUUUCGGCUGCUAGUACCGAUAGACUGUUCAUAUGGAAUACGGACCGCGGAAAUGAACCACUUGCCACAUGGUUAUGCCCGACGACGGAAUUUACACAAGACGCGUUAGAGAAGCCUCUGAAUGGAGAGAAUGGUUCUGCAGCCGUUGAGGCUUAUCGCAGUCUUGCGUGGGAUACGGAUGGGAAAAAGCUUGCAAUGGGAUAUGGGAAAAAGAUGGCAAUUGUCAACCUUCAAGGAAGGGGCGUGAACGUCCUUGAAUAG